AUGUCGUUGGUGUUGGCAAGCGUUGGUCAGUUUUGGAAGCGCGCGAUGGGAUUCGUGCUCGGCCGGUGGCGUAUAAACCCACCGUACUUUUUAUCGGACAUUUAUACGGUUUUGCUAGUUGCUUCGUCUUGUCUGAAACACAUCCCCAUCUCCAACAAACUCCGAUUGGUCUUUGAUCCUCAAAGAAUAGGACUUCCGUUAAAAUAUAAGAGAUCAAUAAAGAGGGAGGUCAAAAGACCCCACCCACACUAUCCUGAAAUCAGGCAAAUGCGCCGAUUGCUCGUGAAGCUUGUCCAGGCCCUAAGCGACGGCCUCAGGCUUCAGAUCGAUUCACGAGUUACAGUUAAUUUUGUUGAUAUAGGAAGAGUUCUUACAGGACGAUGUGAAAGUGUUGUGGAACCAAGAUAUGGAAAGAAGGAAAGCCAUGGUUGUGUUGAUAAGCUUGGGAAACUUUGGGAUAUGAAAUGUGAUACUGAGCAUUUAGAAGGACUGAAUUGGGAUUUGACGGUGUUUGAGUCGGAAGAACCCAACAUGUAUUAUGUUGGUAAUGGAAAGAUUGUUAUUCAUACUCAGAUACUGAAUAGCUAUACGGAAGAGGAAUUGGUUGCAUUUCUAGCACAUGAGGUUGGGCAUGGAGUGGCUAUGCAUCCUGAAGGGCACCCCUUUUUGCCUCUGUUGGCCUUAAUUGGCCUAAUCCCUUGUACUUCAGGCUUCUGGUGUUGUGCAAUAUUUGUGCGUUUAUGCGACUUGCUGCUUUACUCCUGCAGAAGGAUGGAACUCGAAGCACAUUACAUUGGUCUAAUGUUGAUGGCCGCAGCUGGAUACGAUCCAAGACUUGUUCCGCACGUUCUCCAAAAAUUACCUCACAACGAUGAUGAUAAAUAUUACUUGGACACAACUCAUCCUUCUGCCGGGCGAAUAGUCGAGAUGGUUAGCCAAGAUACGGUGAUGGAUAGAGCACUCAAAAUAUACGAGCAAGUUCAGACUGGUUCCCGGUCCAUCGAGUUGGAAUGUCCGGCCGCCGAAGUCGAAGCCUGGUGGGAGCCUUCAACCGUGAAAGAAGCCUUCAACCGGGGCGUCAACAACCGACAGUUCGAUUGGGGUUUAGCAAGCGAUGUGUGCUUCACUCGACUCCGCUCGGCGUUCCGUAUAUUACUUAUUUAUCUCAAUCUUUACUAA